AGUGAAGAGUUAAAGGGAGGAGACGGAGAGUGACACGCCUCAUUGGGUAGAUUAUGUGCUGCAAACAAAAAGUGUGUGUCUGUGCGCCAGUCAGCCAGAGAGCAGCGGGCCCCAUCAGCGCGCCUCCCUCCGUCUCACUCUCUGUCUGCCUUUAUCCGUCCAGCUCGGUGCGCCCUGCCAGAGAGAGCCGGGGAGGAUCCCUGCAGCAGCAUCACUGUCACUGUCAUCACACCGGGGGGGAUAUGUUCUGAUAGGACCAGCCCGGGAGCGCAGCAUCACCUCCACCGACUGCCAUCCGGAUAUUUAAAACAUUUCUUUUUUUCUUUUUUUUUUAACCCUCAUUUUGAUUUCUCAGACGCGUUUGGAGUCAGCGCGCUCCCCUCGCUUGUGGAAUAUAGCUCCUCUCCAUCGAGCAAAAGCAGCGUGACAUGGAAGAGUCCAGCUCCCAGAAGUUGGCGUGGGACGGGGACGCCAAGGCAGUCCAGCAGUGUCUGACGGACAUUUUUACGAGCGUCUACACGACGUGCGACAUCCCGGAGAACGCCAUCUUCGGGCCGUGCGUGCUGAGCCACACGUCGCUGUACGACAGCAUCGCCUUCAUCGCUCUGAAAUGCACCGACAAGCGCACAGCACCUUACAUCUUCAGGGUGGACACCUCUGCAGCCAACAGCACCUCAGAGGGCCUGAUGUGGCUCCGGUUGGUCCAGUCUGCUCGAGACAAAGAGGAGCAGAAUCUGGAGGCCUAUGUCAAGAACGGCCAGCUCUUCUACCGUUCGCUUCGUCGCAUUGAGAAGGAUGAGGAGCUGUUGGUCUGGUACGGCAAGGACCUCAUUGACCUGCUGCUGCUCACCUCAAGCCGAGCGCCAACAAAGAGCAAAGGUUCAUCUCACCUUUCCUGUCCAGACUGCAGCCAGCGAUUCCAAUUUGAGUUCCCUUUUUUGGCUCACCUCCGGUUCCGUUGCACCAAAAGGCUGCAGAGUAUUACUGAAGCUGACAAGGAGCCUGGCAAAGAGAGCAGCACAGAGCGACCAAACACAACUCCAAACAGGAACAGCCCAAAGCUUGGCCGGUCGGAGGGCUUCACCAGUCCGCACGACAGCAACAAACCCUCAACUGACUUUCACAACCUGGCACGGGAUAUGGAGAAGAACCGGAGCAGCUCUCCAAGUGACAAGGAGGCUGAGAUCUGCAGUGAAAGCUCAGGGAAGAGAAAGUUCUCGGAAAUAGAGGACAGGGAGUCCAGAGGAUCAGGCCUUCCCCUUUCCAAGUCUAAGGAAGAGCUUGCAAGUUCUGCGAAGAAUUACAGAGGAGUGUAUGGCCUGGAGGAGAAUCACGGUUCCUUUUCCCCACCGGGAUCUACAGAGCAUGGAGAGGUGAAGCGCAGCGCAUUCACGGAGGUUAAGAAGUCAACUCAGAACCUCAAACAACACAGUGGCAAUAAAAGCCUUCAGAACUCCAACUCUGAAAACAAAGAUGGGGGUCGCCCAAGUAGCAACCCGGUGGAGAAGCACCUCAACAUCAGGCAGGUGCUUUCUGAAACACAGCCCCAGACCUCCCCCAUGGGAAGUGCGUUCACCUCAGUCAGCCAACAGGGAAGUGGCAGCGGCUCAGAGAGGAAGAGUGCCUUCAGCCAACCAGCUCGUUCCUUCUCACAGAUCUCACCACUGGUGAUGGCUCCCAAGCUGCUGGACUGCCAUCCAGCGGUGGGCGACACCAUCUCCUCCAACAGACUCUAUCAGGCUGACCACCUUGCUGCCAAGCUGCAGGGUGCAGAGCUUGGUGCCAACUGCCCCGUGCCGGGCGGAAUUGGCAAGCAGAACCCUUUUGUGUACACCACCGCCUUCUGGCCCAAAAACUCUGGACCUAUCCAGCUUCAGAUGCCCUCAGCGCUCACGUUGCUGCCUCCCUCCUUCACCUCCCUCUGCCUGCCUGCUCAAAACUGGUGCGCUAAGUGCAAUGCCUCCUUCCGGAUGACCUCAGACUUGGUUUACCACAUGCGAUCCCACCACAAAAAAGAAUACUCCAUGGAGCCACUUGUCAAACGGCGGCGCGAGGAAAAACUGAAGUGCCCCAUUUGCAAUGAAUCUUUCAGGGAGCGGCAUCACCUUUCACGUCACAUGACUUCCCACAACUGACUUUUUAAGAUGAUCAGAGGGACUUUUGCAGAACCAGGAACUGAAAACCGGAUUGGAUUUAAAACCUCUUACUGGAAAUAGGCCACUUAGACCAUAAAAACACCCCUUGCACUUAUUUAAACCUUGGACACUUUUGGUCUGUUGACUUUUCCUCCCCCCUGUACAAAAUGACAUGUUUUUGACUGUGAGCAAAAGCAUUUUGAACCAUGAUAAACGAAUCUAUUUAUGAAGCACUUGAAUCUUUGAGAAUAAGGGAAGAUUUGAAUAUGUGUAAAUGUACAGUAAAUUGUAUUUUAUAUCAUGCAAAUUCAAAUAUAGAGAUGAAUUACAAUUGUAGUCACUCGUCCUGGUUUACACCGCAGCAACUGAUUUCUUUUUCAUGUUUGCAAUGUUUAGGGACACACAUUUGGGAUUUUAUGUGAGACUAUAUUUCAGAGUGCAUGUAAUAUUAAAUAUUAAUAAUUUAAGAUGCAGUUUAUUCAUCACAUUGUAAAUAAUUUGUUUUAUUUGAAAAACAAAAUGUAAUAUUUUGUGUCAGUGGGGAAUAGUUUCAGUGUUUCUUCCUUUUUGCGGAAAUUUACUACUUGACAGUUUAUCUAAUCAUGUUGAAUGCAUUGACAAUAAAAUAGCUUUAUUUUCA